UCAGCGGGGCGGAUCAUUCAAGUAACGCGGCACAUUUAUAGUUUGAUUUCUGCAAACAAAUUCAACCUAACCAAACACAUUGCUAAAUUUGUUUAAAAAAGAAAUGACUGUUCCAGUUUUGACAGGUUGUUUAAAUCAUCUUAAGAUAGAGGUUAUUGUAAGUCUUAUUGCGAAGAGCAUUAAUGAAGAUAGACCAACUACUCUUAACAAUCCUAAGGCAGGCGAAGUUUAUGUUAUACAAGUGAAUCAUGGAAAAGACGAUUGGCGGGCAGAUGGGUAUAGGUGGAAGCAAAAUGGCUGCAGUAAAAUUCCUCGGGGUUCGCCACUUUACACAAAGAUCCAUUUUGCUACUGUUACAUCAACAGGAAUUUCAAAUGAUUUCCAGAAGUUUGUGUACUGUGAUCUGAGUCGGACAGAUCUUGUUGUUAUCCAUUACAUUGGUAACCACAACCUUGCAGUUUUAGUUCCACAUGUUUUACAUAAGUUAACUACUUAA